UGUACGGUGUCAGUUUGUAAUCCACCUUUAACCAUGUACCCGUUUAGCUAUAUGAUAUUUGUGACUUUGUUUCUCUUUCCAAGAGAUAAUUAUGGCCAAAUCCAAUCUAUUUUGGAUGGAAGCAUUAAUAUAAGAAAGUUGCUUUUCAGUAGUGAAGACCCCAAUACAACAAGAUCAUAUCCUGUAUCUGAAAAAUGUUCUAACUAUUUGCAGUUGUUUUCGACAGCUGUGUUAGAGAAGGAAAUAUGGGCACUAGAGAUGUUGGAUGCGUCUUCUGGUGUACAGUCGGGUAUACUCAAAGGUAACCUGGUUAAUUUUGGAUCAUACGAUGAAUGCAUCAAUAUCAAUGCCCACACGCGUCUUGGAGUAGUUAACGGAAAAUACUGUCGCGUCGAGGUGAAGAUCAACUCCCAAACGGCCCCGGACGGACUUGAGCUUGAUUUCGUUCUAAAAUCUUAUAAAACUUUUAAUGCUCCCACACCAUCUUUGGCCGUUUGCGUUCCAGACGCUUGCUCGGAGAAAGACGUAGAGAAUUUGCUUCGAGCAAUGAAGAUGGAUCCCCUAGUUAAGGAGGGAGCAUGUAAGACUCAGUACACAAAACCUCCUCUUGACUACAAAGGAAAAGCUUUACUAUUCUUUCUUGGAGCUUGCAUUUUUCUAACCAUAGUGUCAACGGCAAUUGAUUGUGUCCAACGUUAUAAUGGGAAACCUUCGUCGAACUCUAUAGUAAUGUCGUUUUCCACUUUGAAUAAUGCAAAGAGAAUUUUUCAAGUAAGUUAUAGUGGCAAAAGAAUUCAUUGUUUGGAUGGCAUUAAAGCAAUCAGUACGGCAAUGAUUGUAUGGGGACAUGUCUACUUUUUCAGUUAUCGAUUUCCUACAAGUAAUUCACUUCAAGUUUCGCAGGAGGCGAGAGGGAUUCAAGGUGUACCUCUUGUUCUGGCACUGUCGAAUGUAGACACAUUUUUGUUUAUAUCAGGUGCGCUUAUAUCGUAUGGUAUUAUUUCAGACGCAAGGAAGGGUUUAAAAUUCAACAUUCGCAAUUUCUACUUGCACAGAAUAUUACGAUUAACGCCGUGUCUAGUCAUAAUUGUGUUAUUCUCCACUCUCCUCAUGGAGCAAGUGAUACAUGGUCCAGAUCCUAAUCGGUGGAUUAGGGUAGAGAUUGAUCGAUGUGAACGUUACUGGUGGUCUACCCUUCUCCAUAUACAGAACUAUGUGAAUCCUUCAGGAAUGGUGAGUAAUGUGUCGUUAAAAAUGUAA